AGGGUAGAUGUUCAAACAUUCGUCCCUCCUGGUGACUUUAGAAGAAUUACCACAGAAGUUUGCUUUUCCAGAAAAACCAGCAAGGUGAACAAGAUUGGAAGAUGACCGGCAGCGUCAGCAUCCCCCCACAGCUCAAAGCUCAGGUGGAGGAACACCUGGAGCCUUUAAUACUUUCUGAUGAGAAACUGAGAGAUAUUUCCCAAAGGUUCCUGAAGGAAAUGGACAAAGGUCUGGGGAAAAGCACACAUCACAGGGCGUCUGUCAAGAUGCUGCCGACCUUUGUGAGGGCAACGCCUGAUGGGACAGAAAAAGGUGACUUCCUGGCGUUGGACCUGGGUGGAACAAACUUCCGGGUGCUUCGUGUUCAGGUGAUGGAGCACGCKGUGAAGAAGAUGGACAGUCAGAUCUGCCCCAUCCCACAGGAAAUCAUGGUGGGACGUGGAACACAGCUCUUCGAUCAUAUCGCCGCCUGCAUGAGCGAGUUCCUCGACUCUCAAAACCUGAAAGGAGAAACUCUUCCUCUGGGCUUCACCUUCUCCUUCCCCUGUGAACAAAAAGAAAUCGACAAGAGCAUCCUGAUCCGCUGGACUAAAGGCUUCAACUGCUCCGGGGUGGAGGGAAAGGAUGUGGUGAAGCUGCUAAAGGAGGCCAUCCACAGGAGAAGAGACUUUAAUAUAGGCUCUGUUGCCAUGGUGAAYGACACAGUGGGUACGAUGAUGAGCUGCGGCUACCCAAACAGCCACUGUGAGAUCGCCAUAAUCAUUGGGACAGGAACCAACGCCUGCUACAUGGAGGACAUGAAGAACGUGCAGCGUGUGCAGGGUGAGGACGGSCAGAUGUGCAUCAACACAGAGUGGGGAGGCUUUGGAGACGACGGCUCACUCGAUGACUUCCUGACCGAGUUUGACCGGGAGAUUGACAGAACUUCUAUUAAUCGUGGAGUCCACACCUUUGAGAAGAUGAUCAGCGGCAUGUAUCUGGGAGACAUCGUCCGCCUGGUGCUGAAGAAGCUAACGGAGGACAAACUGCUGUUUAAAGGAAAGGUGUCGGAUGCACUGUGCACUGCAGGGAAGUUUGAAACAAAGUUCAUCUCUGAUAUUGAAAAGCCGGACACCAAAAUCGGCAUAGAGAACACGAGGAAGAUUCUGACUGAUUUGAAGCUGGAUUUUGACACGGUUGACCUCCAUGUGGUCCAUCUUGUCUGCCAAACCAUCUCUAAACGUUCUGCUCAUCUCUGUGCUGCUGCGCUGGCGACCAUCGCCAACCGCAUUCGUGAGAACCGAGGACUGGAACGUCUGAAGUCCACUGUGGGGGUGGAUGGGACCGUAUACCGAAAGCACCCAACUUUCAGUGAAGAACUCCAGAAAAAAGUGAAAACCUUAGCCCCCGAGUGUGAACUCACCUUCCUUAUCUCAGAGGACGGCAGUGGGAAGGGAGCUGCCCUGGUAACGGCUGUGGCAGAGCGGCUGGCUCGCCAAUCCCGACUGUUAGACAGCGACAGUGAGAAUGAUGAAGAAAAUUAAUAAUAGAUACGAUUUUAUACCAUGGAAAAAUGUCACUUUCUGACAAAGAUUGAUGUUAAAUCUGUAUGUUACUGUAUAUUUUGAUCAAAUAAAUAUAUGAAAAAAGUA